CAGAUCAGGAAACCUAUACCUCAGGGAAUACAGUGAUGGUUGCAAAGGCAUCUGGUAUUGUCCUUCUGCCACUGUCUUAAAAGGGAUUCUAAAGGGAUUUUCUUUCCCUUGUUCCUCCAGCACUACACUUGCAUUACUGGCCUAAGUGGAUACUCACCAGCUGGCCGUGUCCAUCACUACAGCCAAGACUGAGAAUUCCUGAUUAUACUUAGAGCCUGUGGAGCUGCUGACACAAACAGUCAUUAGCAGACGACCCUUUUGUAACAAACUGUGCUUUAAAAUGUAAAUUGUGGGGGCAUUUUCCUUGCGUUGUCCAGAAGGAACUUUCUCCUGCCUGAGCCUGGAUUAAUCAUGAGAGAGCUCGUCAACAUUCCACUGGUACAUAUUCUUACUUUGGUUGCCUUCAGCGGGACUGAGAAACUUCCAAAAGCUCCUGUCAUCACUACUCCGCUGGAAACAGUGGAUGCCUUAGUUGAAGAAGUGGCUACAUUUAUGUGUGCAGUGGAAUCCUAUCCCCAGCCUGAAAUUUCCUGGACCAGAAAUAAAAUUCUCAUUAAGCUCUUUGACACCCGGUACAGCAUUCGCGAGAACGGGCAGCUCCUCACCAUCCUGAGUGUGGAAGACAGCGACGAUGGCGUCUACUGCUGCACGGCCAACAACGGCGUGGGGGGUGCUGCGGAGAGCUGCGGGGCUCUGCAAGUGAAGAUGAAACCGAAAAUAACUCGUCCUCCCAUAAAUGUAAAAAUCAUAGAAGGACUAAAAGCAGUUCUACCAUGUACUACAAUGGGCAAUCCCAAACCAUCAGUGUCAUGGAUUAAGGGGGACAGUGCUCUCAGGGAGAAUUCCCGCAUUGCAGUUCUUGAAUCUGGGAGUUUAAGGAUUCAUAAUGUGCAAAAGGAAGAUGCAGGACAUUAUCGGUGUGUGGCAAAAAACAGCCUCGGGACGGCAUAUUCCAAAUUGGUGAAGCUGGAAGUUGAGGUUUUUGCCAGAAUCCUGCGGGCUCCUGAAUCCCACAAUGUCACAUUUGGCUCCUUUGUGACCCUGCGCUGCACAGCAACAGGCAUCCCUGUCCCCACCAUCACCUGGAUUGAAAAUGGAAAUGCCGUUUCCUCUGGGUCCAUUCAGGAAAGUGUGAAAGACCGAGUGAUUGACUCAAGACUGCAGCUGCUUAUCACUAAGCCAGGACUCUUCACAUGCAUAGCUACUAACAAGCACGGAGAGAAAUUUAGCACUGCAAAGGCUGCGGCCACCAUUAGCAUAGCAGAAUGGAGUAAAUUACAGAAAGAUAACAAAGGCUACUGCGCCCAGUACAGAGGGGAGGUAUGUAAUGCUGUCCUGGCCAGAGACGCUCUUGUUUUCUUCAACAACUCCUAUGCACACCCUGAGGAGGCCCAAGAACUACUGGUUCACACGGCCUGGAAUGAACUGAAAGCAGUGAGCCCAUUUUGCCGGCCAGCUGCUGAGGCUUUGCUGUGUAACCACAUCUUCCAAGAAUGCAACCCUGGAGCAGUACCUACUCCUACACCCAUUUGCAGAGAAUACUGCCUGGCAGUAAAGGAGCUCUUCUGUGCAAAAGAAUGGCUGGCAAUGGAAGAGAAGACUCACAGAGGACUCUACAGAUCUGGAAUGCACCUGCUCCCCGUGCCAGAAUGCACCAAACUCCCCAGCAUGCACUGGGACCCCACGGCCUGCACCAGACUGCCAUAUUUAGCAUUCCCACCAAUGACGUCCUCAAAGCCAAGUGUGGACAUUCCAAAUCUGCCUUCCUCUUCUUCUUCCUCCUUGUCCGUCUCACCUACAUACUCCAUGACUGUAAUAAUCUCCACAAUGUCCAGCUUUGCAAUAUUUGUGCUUCUUACUGUAACUACUCUUUAUUGCUGCCGGAGACGAAAACAAUGGAAAAAUAAGAAAAGAGAGUCAGCGGCGGUAACCCUCACUACUCUUCCCUCUGAGCUCUUACUAGACAGACUUCAUCCCAACCCCAUGUACCAGAGGAUGCCACUCCUGCUGAAUCCCAAACUGCUGAGCCUGGAGUACCCAAGGAAUAAUAUUGAAUAUGUGAGAGAUAUUGGCGAAGGAGCAUUUGGAAGGGUCUUUCAAGCAAGGGCUCCGGGCUUACUUCCCUAUGAACCUUUCACAAUGGUGGCAGUGAAGAUGCUCAAAGAAGAAGCCUCAGCAGACAUGCAAGCCGACUUUCAGAGGGAGGCAGCCCUCAUGGCAGAAUUUGAUAACCCUAACAUUGUGAAACUCUUAGGCGUGUGCGCCGUCGGGAAGCCCAUGUGCCUGCUCUUUGAAUACAUGGCCUACGGCGACCUCAACGAGUUCCUCCGCAGCAUGUCCCCGCACCCCGUGUGCAGCCUCAGUCACAGCGACCUGUCCGGGAGGGCCCAGGCCGCCAGCCCGGCCCCGCCACCGCUCUCCUGCGCGGAGCAGCUGUGCAUCGCCAGACAGGUGGCCGCCGGCAUGGCUUACCUCUCGGAGCGCAAGUUCGUGCACCGGGACCUGGCCACCAGGAACUGCCUGGUGGGCGAGAACAUGGUGGUGAAAAUCGCCGACUUCGGCCUCUCCCGGAACAUCUACUCAGCGGACUACUACAAAGCUAACGAGAACGACGCCAUCCCCAUCCGCUGGAUGCCCCCCGAGUCCAUCUUCUACAACCGCUACACCACCGAGUCGGACGUGUGGGCCUACGGCGUGGUCCUGUGGGAGAUCUUCUCCUACGGCCUGCAGCCCUACUACGGCAUGGCCCACGAGGAGGUCAUCUACUACGUGCGCGACGGCCACAUCCUGUCCCGGCCCGAGGACUGCCCCCUGGAGCUGUACAACCUGAUGCGCCUGUGCUGGAGCAAGCUGCCCGCCGACAGACCCAGCUUUCCCAGCAUUCACCGAAUUCUGCAGCGGAUGUGCGAGAGAGCGGAGGGGACGGUGGGCGUCUGAGCGCGGGGACGCUACGCGGGACGCACCGCAGGCCUGGCUCAGACUCUGGGAGCUGCAGGAAUCCGAGCCGCUUCUCCCACCUGGACGACAGCACGGCGGACGGAUACGCGCGCGAGUAGCGGGGCGGCUAGCACCACGCGCGAGUAGCGGGGAGGUCAGUUUCUCACCAAGAGCAAAGUGCAGAGGUCAUCCCGUAGACCACUCCAACUUGGAAAGGCUGACGAGGACAUGGUUUACGGGGAAGCAGAGCAUCCUCUUCAGUUCCUGACUCGCCUGGCAGCAGAGUGAGACUCUGCUGGAUUAAAUUUUAAUAUGAAAUGUGAUACAGAGCUUCAUUUUCAAUAGCGUUUACUCCUGUCCAUAUGAAAGUAGUAUAUCUUUCUGUAAGACACUUAGGUAAAAUACAGAACACUAGGAAGAAAAAAACAUUCUUUGUCUCCCACCCAAAGAUGACGGGUGCUGGUUGUUUUUGUUUUGUUUUUUUAAUUGAAUUUCUUUCUUGCAUUUGUGCAUAAUUUUAUAUUUGUUUGUGUUCUCCAGAGUUGUGGUUAUACUUUACUGAUAGAGGGCUUCUAAGGAAUAAAAUGAUAAAUCGGUAAGGCCAUAUCCCCACUGUGAUUUUUAAUUUCCUAUUCUGUCUUUAUGCUUCUUCUCCUUUGGAAGUUUUUCCUUUGUGGGUACUUGUCCUAAAUUUCAUCUGCUUAUUUUAUUCCUACAGUUUUUCUGAAAUAUGUUUUUGUAUUUAUCUUUUUCUUUGAAAAUUUUCUCUGUAUCUUUGCUUUCAUUUUGUUUCUUUCACUUUGCAGGGCUUUAUGUCCUUUUUUGGUUAUUUAUUUUUUUUCUUUUCAUCUCAUAUAUACAAUGAAUACCCAGGCAGAAGUAAUAACUUUUAAACUAACACCGUAGACUAAUGUGUAUAUAACUUUUGCAAAGUAAUACCAUUUUCUUCUGUACUUGCUUCUGAAGCUACACAUUUCAAAUUUGUCAUCCACUAAUGUAUUGCCACAGUCUAUUAAAUCUCCUAAGCCAUAGUUUAGGAGAUUUCUCAAGAUGGUCUUAUGGCUCUAAGUUAUUUCAAACUUGAUGUUUUUGUGCACUUUGAUAUUUUUUUCCUUCUAGAAAACAAUUCCACAGGCAAUAGCAUUAAUAUGGUGUUGGUUACCAACUUUUUUGUAGGACUAUUAACCCUGUCUUGUUACAUUUUAUGAUUGUUUAAGAAAUAAAAACCCUCUCGAAUUCAGAUCCCUGAUGCACAGAUUUUUGAGAGGACACCCCCCCAUGAUAUAUGUUUUUCUAAGGUCAACAUGAAUAAAAUGAAUUCAUUUCUGAAAUGAUGUGAACCCAAAUACUCCUGGAAAGCAAAUAAACAGGGAAGAGAAAAUUACAAUCUACGGUAGACCAACUUACUUUAAUUCAAACUAAUUGGUAGUUAGGGCAAUGAAUUUUUAAAAGGAAAUUUUCAGCUGUCUGCUGGAAGAAUCCAACUGAAAUCAAAUUUUCUUUCAUGCAACAACUUGUUGCCUUUGCUGGAAAACCUGCCAUUUCUUGUUCAUAGUCCCUCCAUGCAAUCUAGACAAAAGCAUCAGAAAUUACCCUGGAUUUUACCCACUCCUUCCUCCCUGAUAUUCUAUCAAUUUUACUUUUUAAAACCCUCCUUCCUGCUCAUGUACCUUUCCUUCCAGCCCAUCUGACUAUUACAGAUUCUAUCACAACCUUCCUUCCAUUUCAGGCCCAAGCAGAUUCCAUUGCUAUGACAGCAUGAGGACAUGCUUAUUCACAAUUCUGAUUGAUAUAACAGAGAAGUCAGAGCUCAGGACUGAGGCCUAGAGAGAUGCUUUAGAUAAAAGUCAUGAUUGUAAGUCCAAAAUUGAGACAGUCAUCCAAAGGGCUAGCUGAAGAAUAAGGUUGCAGCCCGAGUCCAUAACAAAAGGCCAAGCGGCCAACAAAGCAGAAAAGCUGGAGAGGCCCAGCAUCCAGUGUGGAUCUUUUGUGUGGAUAUCCAUGGCAUACUUUAAAUGGUUCACACGUGUGUGUCAUAUAUGUUGUGCAAGCUUCAAAGAAGUCCUCACAUUUCCUCAGCUGAGAAAGUUUUAUUAUAUAAUCUUUUUAAUGUUUUAUUUAUUUUUGAGAGAAAGGCAGAGAGCCUGAGCGGAGGAGGGGCAGAGAGAGAGGGAGACACGGAAUCCAAAGCAGGCUCCAGGCCCUGAGCUGCCAGCACAGAGCCCAUCGCAGGGCUCGAAGUCACGAGCCGUGAGAUCAUGACCUAAGCCCACGUCCGACGCUUAACCGACGGAGCCACCCAGGCGCCCCUGAGAAAGUUUCAUUAUAAAAGAAAGACAUGGAAGCCAAGCCAAUCAGAAAAGCUACCCCAAAGAAAAUCAGAGUCAGGACAGGAACUCCGAGUACCCAACGUAUGGCUCCUGCUGCAGGCAUCCCGUCUCAGAACCGGGUGUCCACAGCUCUGGUUCUGUUGUUCACCAACCACUUCGAGCUAUUCUCUGUUUCCCUCCCUGCCGCUGAAUAACUGCCCUUAACUUUCCCGACUCUUCUUCGCGGCCUCUACAGCCUCAUGGAUUCUCUGUGUGUUUUGGGGGGCUCUGGUAUUCAAGAUCCCAAAGCAAACAGAGCGCAGAGAUAUGGGGAAAUACAGUGAGAGAAUGAGUGAGUUACUAAGCAAGCAAGUAUUAGGGAAACCACGUGAUUUUCUUAAAUACUUGCAGUAACUGAAAAAUCAGCAAAAAUCCCAUUAUAAUAAUGGUAGUAAUAAAAAUACCAUCAGCUCGUACUUAAUGAAUGCUUACCAUGUAUAUUCAAAGGUCUCUAAGUAUAGUAAUACUUUAUUAGCACACUAUCCCUGUGAUGUCCGUACUAUCAUUAUGCCCAUUUUUAUGUGAGUACACAGGCAAAGCGAGAUUAUGUAACUGACCCAAACACAUAGAGCAACAGAGCCUGGUUUAUGACCAAAAGAGGCUGAGCUCUCAACCACGACACUAUGGUGCUUCAGAUGAGUACAGAGGGAACAACUGAACUUGAUGACUAUAUGGACGGGAUUUGUAAUUCGUACGUAGUUUCAAAGGACACCCUAUAGCCCUUAUACUAUUAAUUGUCUCUCCAAGUCUUGAAUAGCAAAAAAAAGUAUAUUUGGGGAUUGCUGAUUCAGUCACAAAGUCAAAUAAACGGCGUGUUUACUUUUUUGUCAGUUCUAAGGGCAUUUCCAGGUUAUGUUAAGGUCACUACCUUAUUUCCUUAGUGCUCACCUUCAGGUUCUGUAUCUUAGGAACAUGGACCCAUUAUUUACCAGUACUGUUUUCUUUGUUAGAUACAGAUCUUUCCCAUUGUAAAAUCACUGUAUAAAUUUAUAAGGAGAGACAAGAGAGAGACACUCACAGUACCAUUGUUAUCAAGCGUCAGAACAGACACCAACAAGCUGUGUUAAGUGGUCGAAUAUCAAAUGUAACAAGAAUACCGGGGUAAUGCAUGUGGCACCAAAGGAACAUAUUCCCUGGUUCUGUGAUGAAGCAGAAAACGAACACUUCUCUCCACUUUACAGUGUAUUAUAAACUGUUUGUUCCAUGUCAUUGGCUAUUCUUCUAGAAGUCCAAUUUAAUUUCUGAAUAAGGUUCCAUGUUAUGGAUAUUACCAUAAUUUAGUUAAUUUAUCUUUGGACAUUUGAGUUUUUCUAAUUUUCACUAUUACAAACAAUAUUGUGAUGAUCGUCCUUAUUUGCAUGUGUGCGUAAUUAUCUCUUUAUGGAAAUUCUGAGAAAGGGAAUGUCCGGGCCAAAUGGCAUGCACAACAUUAAGGCUUUUGUUAAGUAUUAUCAUAUUCUCUAGAAAUAUUGUUCCCAUCUGCAUUGUACAAGAGAUCUCGUAGCCCUAAAAAUUUACUGUCACAGAGAAUUAAUUCUCUUAUUUUUUUUAGAAGACUUGUCUAUUUGGUGAUAGAAAAAGAUGAUCUCCUUUUGAUUUUAUGCUUUAAAUUACUAGUGAAGUUGAAUUUUUCUUGUUCCUAGGUCACUUAUAGUUUUUAUUUUGGGAAUCAUCUAUAGCCUGUUUUUCUGCUGUGUUGUUCUUUUCUCUAAUUGACUUGCAAGAGUCAUUUUAUAAAACAAAUAUUGACACGUUGUCAUACUUUACACAAAAGGGAAAAUAUAUACAUGCUUUUUUUACCUUAAAAUAGCAUUUACUUUUUUAUUGCACAAGCAAUACUUUAUUGCACAAGCAAUACAUAAUCUUUUGAAAAGAAAAUAAGCAAUAAUAUGCAAUAACAACACAUAGUGUAAAAUAAUGGGGAAAAUGAAAAAACACCAACCAGUGGUAACUAACAUUAAUAGCAUGAUAAAUAAAGUUCCAGCUGUUUUCAGAUAAGUGUAUAGGUAGGUAGGCAAAUAGAUAAAUGAUAGAUAGAUAGAGAUAGACAAUCAUUUUAAAUGAAAACCAGAUCAUACUGUUAUAUUCUUUUGAGCUUUGUUUUUUCACUGAAUGAAUCAUAAACAUCUUUCACAUCAAUAAGUAUUCAUGUGCCUCAUCAUUUUUGGUGGUUGAAAAAUAUUCCAUCAUGCGGACCUAUAAUAUUUAACUAUUACUCCAUUGUUGGACAUUUAUUUUUAUUUUUCAUUAUAAAUACAAUAUUUUGAUUAUUAAUCUUCUUGCUAAAUUUUGUAAAUAUCUAUUUCAAGUGAUUUCUUUAGACACAACUUCUAGAAAUGUAAUUUCUAGAACAAAGAUUAUCUAUACCCUUUUAAUACUUUUGAAUAUGUUGACAAAUUAUCUUCCAGAAUUAAUUUAUCAAUAUACACAUCUUCCAACUAGAUGAGAGAUGAGCCUGUUUCUUUCAAAUUCUCCAAUCCUGAGCAUUUUAAUACUUGCCAGUAUAAUAGCUUAAAAUUCUAUUUUGUAGCUUAUGCUUAUAUUUCUUUAAAUGAGAUAAGAUUGAAUAUAUUUUUAAUGUUUUGGGGACAAUCGAUUUACUCUGUGAUUUGCCUCCUCCUUCUAUUAUUUUUCUAUUUGGUGUAUCUUUUUUCUUAUUGCUUUGUAAAAAGCACUUUAAAUACUAAGGAUCUAAAAUUUGUCAUACACAUUUUAACCACUUUUAUCAUGUCAAAAAUAUAUACUUCUAUUUGUCUUUUACUAUAAGAAUUUAUUAAACAGGAAAGAAGGGUGAAUUUUCAGUCUUUUGAGAUAAUUGUGGCUUUUUCCUUCAUUAAUCUGUUAAUAAGUAGAAAUGUAUGAAUUGAUUUCCAAAUGUUGAAAUAUCCUUAUGUUCUGGGAAUAAACUCUCUUUGGAUGUGUCACAUUAAACUUUUAAUUUACUACCAAA